GGACGUCUGCUGGUGAACAUGACUGAAGCUGCAAACAGAUCCCUCUGUUCCUCAGGUGUAGUGUUUUCUGAAACCGGAUCGGCUGACGAGACCAGCAUCUGCUCUCUAGACUCGCUCAGACCGGCCAGAUGGAUCAGAAGAGUGUGAUCAGACUCAGUCACUGUGACAAGGACAUGUACUGCUUCUUCGUGCCGGAUCAGUGCCCCGAGUGCGGUGUCAGCUUCAGUGGCAAGCGUCUGGAGGAAGCCCCGGUCAGCGUUCCCAGCCCCUUCAGUAACGGACACAAAGAACCGUGUGCUUUCCUAGUGGCCUCCACAGAUGAUCUCAGGGACUUCGAUGGCAGUUCUGAUCUUCACACAGGAAUCAGCAACACGAGCGGGACGGUGUACAGCUACACGCGGAGGGGUGUGCAGAGAGAGCCUCAGGGCUGGGAGCGCUGUGUGUGUGUGCCGCUGGUGCACACACACAUGUUCAGUCUGAGGAGCCAGUGGGACCAGUAUCUGGAGAAGUUCUCCAGCGCUCACACCUGGGACCCGGCCUGCCACAGCUUUGACGAGGAAAGCCACAACUGCUACAGCUUCUCUCUGAUGUUCAUCAACUGUGUCCUGGCCACGCAGUCCAAGCCAGCGCUGAGUAAAGAUGAGUUCACACGCUCCUUCGUGCUUCCUCGGAUCAAACGAGCUUCCAAGUACAUGAUGCUGUGCCGUGAGAUCUCCCAGAAGCACUUCUACAUCGUGGACAGUACACACAGAAACUCAGGCCAGGGUCCGAGCGAGGACGACGACAGCAAGAACAAAUGAGAAGAAUCGGACUUUCCUCAGCUCCUUACACGUCUUAU